AUGGUGGUCAUCGACUUUGUGACGGUGUGCGUCGAAGUGCGCCUCGAGCCUCCCUGCAACGGAACUAGCGACGCACAGAAACAACAGAUCGACCAGGGCGCUCCGGUGACCGGCGAGAGGGCUCCGUUCGCCGUGCCAUGCGCCAGGAUGGACGCCAUGCCGACCGCGACCGGGAUGUCCGACGGGCUUCCGAUGAACGUGACGGCGCAGAUCAGCAACGUGACGCGGCCCAAGGCGUCCAGCACGGUGGUGUGCUACUCGCCCAUGAUGAUCACCACCAACGGCAUCUGGCAGGGCGUCAACCCGCUCGAGUUCUCCCUCCCGCUCUUCAUCCUCCAGAUGGCCGUCAUCGUCGUCACCACCCGCCUCCUCGUCCUCCUCCUCAAGCCCUUCCGCCAGCCCCGCGUCAUCGCUGAGAUCCUCGCCGGCGUGGUGCUGGGACCGUCGGUGAUGGGGCAGCUGGAGACAUGGGCGACCAUGGUGUUCCCACAUCGCAGCCUGCUAACGCUGGAGACGGUGGCGCAUCUCGGUCUCCUAUACUUCCUCUUCAUGGUCGGCGUGGAGAUGGACAUCGACGUGAUCCGGCGGUCGGGGAAGAAGGCGUUGUCCGUCGCAGUGGCGGGCAUGGCGCUGCCAUUCUGCAUCGGCAUCGCCACGUCCUUCAUAUUCCGGCACCAGGUGUCGCGGAACGUGCACCAGGCCUCCUUCCUGCUCUUCCUCGGCGUCGCGCUCUCAGUCACGGCGUUCCCGGUGCUCGCCCGCAUCCUCGCCGAGAUCAAGCUGCUCAAUACGGAGCUCGGCCGGAUCGCCAUGUCCGCCGCCAUCGUCAACGACAUGUGCGCGUGGAUCCUGCUCGCGCUCGCCAUAGCCAUCUCGGAGGUGAACAGCACGGCGCUGUCCUCCCUGUGGGUGCUACUCUCCGGGGUGCUCUUCGUGCUCUUCUGCUUCUACGCCGUGCGGCCCGGCAUGUGGUGGCUCAUCCGCCGCAUCCCAGAGGGUGAGGGCGUCAGCGACAUGCAGGUCUCCCUCAUCCUCACCGGAGUCAUGCUUGCCGGCGUGUGCACCGAUGCAAUCGGCAUACACUCGGUCUUCGGCGCCUUCGUCUACGGGUUGGUCAUUCCGAGCGGCCCGCUCGGCGUGGCGCUGAUCGAGAAGCUCGAGGACUUCGUCACCGGGCUGCUCCUGCCGCUCUUCUUCGCCAUCAGCGGCCUGCGGACCAACGUCCGGAAAAUACGCGACCCGAUCACCGUCGGCCUACUCGUGCUCGUGUUCAUCAUGGCUAGCUUUGCCAAGAUCAUGGGCACCAUCAUCAUCGCCGCACUGUACACCAUGCCGUUCCGCGAGGGCAUCGCCCUCGGAUUCCUCAUGAACACCAGAGGACUCGUCGAAAUGAUCGUGCUCAACAUUGGAAGAGACAAAGAGGUGUUGGAUGACGAGUCGUUUGCGGUGAUGGUGCUGGUGUCGGUGGCGAUGACGACGCUGGUGACGCCGGUGGUGACGGGCGUGUACCGGCCGUCGCGGCGCCUCGUCGGGUACAAGCGGCGGAACCUGCAGCGCAUCAGGCAUGACAGCGAGCUCCGCAUGCUGGCCUGCGUGCACACCACCCGCAACGUGCCGUCCGUGCUCUCGCUGCUCGAGCUCUCGAACCCGAACAAGCGCUCCCCGAUCUUCAUCUACGCGCUCCACCUCGUCGAGCUCACAGGCCGCGCCUCCAACAUGCUCGCCGCAGCUGCCGCCUCUGCCUCAAAGCAGAGCCGGAGCAGCUCGGCGUCCUCACUACCCGCCGUGACGGAGCAUAUCUUCAACGCCUUCGAGAAUUACGAGAGGCACACUGGUGGCGUCUCCAUCCAGACGCUCGCGGCGGUCUCGCCGUACCAAACCAUGCACGAGGACGUGUCCGUGCUCGCCGAGGACAAACACGUCUCGCUCAUCGUGGUCCCCUUCCACAAACAACAGACGGUGGACGGCGCCAUGGAGCCGAUCAACCCGAACAUCCGUGGGUUUAACGAGAGCCUCCUCUCCACCUCCCCGUGCUCCGUCGCCAUCCUCGUCGACCGCGGCCUCAGCGCCGCCGCGGCGCGCAUGGCCUCCGAGCACCGCGUGGCGCUCUUCUUCUUCGGCGGGCCCGACGACCGCGAGGCGCUCGCCUACGCGUGGCGCAUGGUCGAGCACCCCGGCGUCACCCUCACCGUCGUACGGUUCCUCCCGCCGGACUACAAGGUGCGUUCCGCAUCCAGCACGACCUACCGGUCGUCGGCCGCGUCCGACACGGACUCGCGCGCGAUCACCAUCAACCCAGAGGGCAAGAGCGAACUGGAGAUGGACGAGGAUUACCUCAACGAGUUCCGGGCGCGUAACCACGGCAACGACGGCAUCUCGUACUCCCUCAAGGUGGUGGCCAACAGCGAGGAGACGGUGACGGCCAUCCGGACCAUUGACAGCAACCUGCACGAGCUGUACAUCGUCGGGAGGCGCCCCGGCGAGGCCGGGUCGCCGAUGACGUCGGCGCUGGAGGAGUGGAUGGAGAACCCGGAGCUGGGCCCCAUAGGGGACAUGCUCGUGUCGUCCGACUUCUCGAUGACAGUGUCGGUGCUGGUGGUGCAGCAGUACGUGGUGGCCGGGGCGCCGACACCCGCCGCCCCUGCGCCGGCCGCGAGCAGCGACCCGGUGCUCCAGUACGUGAGCAACGCCAACCAGCGGCCGUCGGCGGCGUCCGGGGCGUACCGGACGAGCGCGGCGUCAUCGGCGGCCAAUAAAAGGUGGUCUGGCUCUGGCACCGUGGGCUUCUGA